AACGCAGUAAGUUAUCUUCCGUUAGUUUACGCAAUUGUUGUGCGAAGGAGAUGUAGGGGAACUGUGAGCCACGCUCGUUUUGCUCCAUUUGCCCGUUAUUUUAUCAUAAUGACUACCUCACAUGGUGUACAAGUUUAAUAAAUGUAAACUACUUCAGUGGAAUUCCAGACUAUCUCGUCAUUAGCAGUGGAUAAGAUCCCCAAAUGUGGAAAUUACACCAGAGCAUUCGUAAAUUAGUCGGGACGACUACGGUCUGGAGGCGAGGAAGGAAAGAUAACAUUAUUCAAUACCCCGUCCAGUUAGUGCCAGUUAUGCACCAUUAACAUUGGAUGCCAACCGCCGUUAAACCCGAUCGAAGAAGAAUAUAAGAUAACAUAUUCGUAUAGCAAUUGUGUUAUUCGAAGUUCAAUAUGCUUGUCUAGACUCUAGUUGGUUGAUAAACGAGAUUGCCACCUGAUAUACGUUGUCUGAGUGACACCUGCCGAAUGUAGCAACGUUACUAUUCGAAAGCCCUGGACUGUGACCAAGAUCAUGGACAAAGAUAUACAGCCAGGCGCUGCAAUUGCGUCUGUGGUUGGUACACAGAUUGGAGCAGCUGGGACACAGAGCCGGUCAGAGGAUGAGGAGUCGACUGGGAUAAAAGACAUCAAAAGAACAGCAACACAGGCUUUCUUUGGGGGUGGCGGUGUUGUGCCCAAACGCAGGAGCUCUUCAAGGUCAAUUAAGAGGAAGAAGUUUGAUGAUGAGCUGGUGGAGAGCAGCCUGGCCAAGUCAUCUUGCAGGGCCAAGGGUCCACCUGUCAUCGAGCCAAUCCGCUGCUCUGGGAGCGAACCCUCAUUCAAUGAGAAGAAGAAGGUGUCCAAGUCCAGCACGACCCUCAUGCUGCCCCUCACCAUGAUGAUCAGCCCCCCAUCCAUUGCCAAGAGGGUGAAGAAGAGUAAGCAGCCCCUCCAGAUCACCAAAGACCUGGGACGCUGGAAACCCACUGACGACCUGCUGCUCAUCAAUGCAGUGCUACAGAAUUUGGCAGUACGUCUCCAACCAGCCUCACAACUGCAAACCAAGUGUCACCACGCCAGCCCAGGACCUCCACAUCUGACUUCUUCACCUGCGGAAUCAUCUGGGGGGGGCCUCCAAGGCCCACCCAUGGCUGCACCCCUGCCCAGUUCGGUGAAAUCAGUAAUUAUUUUUCUAUGGAUGAAAAUGAAUCUGUGUGAAUGUGUUCUACCCCUUUCUCUGUGUUGUAGGUUGGCAUGGCAGGCGAUGCGACUGCUUCAUCCGGAGGCCAUUGCGGCGAUCCAGAGCAAAGCGCUCUUCAGUCAGGCUGAGGAGGUUCUGCUGGCUAAGAUUCUUUCAAGCAGUCAGCCCAAGCUGGAGGUGUUCCAGGAGCUGCUUAGUAAGCACCCUAGUGUGUUCUAUCCCUCUCGCACUCCCAAGAGCUUGUUGGUGCACUGGCAGCUACUCAAACAGUACUACCUGCUGGAGGACCAGAGUGUUCAACCUCUCCCUAAAGGCAACCAAGUUCUCAACUUCUCUGAUGCUGAGCAGCUGGUGGAUGAUGCUAAGCUAAAGGAGAGCAGGGAUGAGGUGCUGGAGCAUGAGCUGAUGAUCUCUGACCGCCAUCAGAAGAAAGAGAUAAGACAGCUGGAACAGGAGCUACCAUGCUGGCAGGUCCUGGUGGACAGCAUCACAGGGAUGAACUCUCCAGACUUUGACAACCAGACACUGGCAGCGCUGAGAGGCCGGAUGGUUCGCUACCUUAUGAGGUCACGAGAGAUCACCCUGGGCAGAGCCACCAAGGACAAGCAGAUUGAUGUAGAUCUGUCUCUGGAAGGGCCUGCCUGGAAGAUCUCCAGGAAACAAGGGAUCGUUAAACUGAAGAACAACGGGGACUUCUUCAUAGCCAAUGAAGGCCGCAGGCCCAUCUACAUAGACGGCAGACCAGUCUUGUCUGGCUACAAGUGGAAACUCAACAACAACUCUGUGGUGGAGAUUGCCGGUCUUCAUUUUGUAUUCCUGAUCAACCAGGAGCUGAUCUCACUCAUCAAGGCAGAAGCAGCUAAGAUGAACCAGCAGUGAGAGAGGGAGAGCUGUGCUGCCUCAGUGGAGCAGAGGCCAAGGGACAUGCCUUUGUCUACUGCCCAGCCAGCUCCUACAUACAGAGCAACAUAAGGUGGCCUCCAGUGGACACACUGUACACCACCAGGAGCCUAGUAGAUGAGGUCCACAUGAGGGAGCACAGACUUGAAUGAAAGGAACCCAGAACCCCUUUGGUCAUGGUUAUACAGUGGAGUAAGAGCAGGACACCCACACACUGAGAAUGGUUGUGAUAUUUGGUAACCUUUCCACUGCUGGGCAUUUUAAGGUGAAUCCCAUCUCAAAGACCCUCAAUUAUACUUUCAUAACUACAGGACCAUAACACCAGUUUAGUCUUGUUUAAAUUGGCAUUCAUAUCAUGAGGUUCUACAGUGCAUAUAAGACAAUGAAUUGGUUUUAAUUCUGUUUCCUUUUUUCCCCCCAUACAGAUUGGUUUAGGUUGAGCUGGUACAUGCAAAGAUGCAUUUAGGACCAGGAUAGGGAAUCACUUGGAAAGGGAUAUUGUGUA